CUUUCCCCCACCCCGUUCAUGGUCCUGAGCCUCUGACGGAGCGUCCUUCCGUUCCCCUCCCCUUCUUGCAUUCCCUUAACCUCCACUCGGCCCUGCCGCAACAAGGAUAACGCCUGGUAUCUCGCGACCCUUGUCGGCACUCACCCUUCCCGUCAAAUCCCCAAGUGCAAGCAAGCCUCGAAGACCUCCUAUUUCUCGUCAGAGCGCCUGCAGCUGCCGUACGCUUGAGUUCUACUCGCGACUGGCAAAGCAAAGCAAACCUCAGUGACCCAUCGCCCCGAACUCUGUCCACCUCCAUCACCUCUUACCUUCAGGAACUACCAGAAUCCCGCUGAACACUUCGGUGAUCGCGAUUCCAUAGUUUCCAGAACUCCGCACUGCGUUCUCGACUUGACCUACAGAACCAAAACUUCUCUUGUCCGCCUCUUGGUUCUUCGUCCAACUGCAUACAUCUAUAGACCAACCGUAUCUGCCCUCUAUCUGCUAUAUCAAUGGCCAUGACACUUCCCGCUGAUUCCCCAGCUCCCCAGUCCCCUCAGUCCUCUGACGGCUCGAACGGUCCGUCUACGCCUGUUUCCCCAUCCACUGUUCAGACACUCGCUCUCCCCCCGCCCGUCGACGCCACUCCGAAGGUCGAAGCGAACUCAUCCGCUGCAGCUCCUGCUCCUGCUCAGCCUAAGCGCAAGCCCAGCCGUCGCGCCAACACCGCUGAGCGUAGAGCUACUCACAAUGCUGUCGAGCGCGCUCGCAGGGAGACUUUGAACGGCCGCUUCUUGGACCUUGCUGCUUUACUCCCGAACCUAUCGCAGAUUCGCCGCCCUUCCAAGUCUUCCAUCGUCAACAGCUCUAUCGCGCACAUCCACGCUUCGCGCCGCCAUCGCCUCCUUGCUGCUCGCGAGCUUCGGAUGCUCAAGCUCGAGUGCGAUGCUCUCCGUCGAGAGCUGAACGAGUGGCGCGAUCGUUCUGGUCUUCCGCGUGUAGAAGAGCCUGUCCGCGGCGAAGGCUUCCAGAUGAUCCUCUCUGGCGAGGUCGAGAUCUUGUCUGCCGGCCCUAUCGAGGAGGAAGACGGUGACGAGUACGGCAAUGAUGGCUAUGGUGACGACGACUAUGUCUCCCAGCCUCCUGCCGUCGCCCCUGGCAUGGCUGAUGGCCGUCACCGCGAGAGCAAUCCUUUUGCGCAUAACGCUCCCGCUCCCGGACACACGGGCCUCCAUCUCCAGACGAUUCUGCCACGUCCGGCUAAUGGGGCUGCAUCUAGCCCGAUGAUCGUCCAGUCGCCCACUAACGUGUCUUUCGAGAACCCCGCUAUGGCAAGUAUGUACGACGCUCCGUACGGCAUGCAGUCCUUCCACAUGGGUGGUGGUGGCGUCCUCAGCCGACACGCCGAGCCAGAAAACAAGUGGGGUAUGUACGGCGGCCAACAGUUCACGCCGCCCGCCUCUUCGCACGGGAUGCAGGCGCCUUCGUACAUGAUCAACCAGCACCAUCACCCCCAUCACGUCCAGCGCCAGGCGAUGUACUCCGCCGGUCAGCCUACCGGCCACAUGUACGGCAGCCCGAUCGACAACGACGACACGUCCUCGGUCGGCAGCGCGGGCCAGUCACCUGUGCCUGGCGCAGACAGCAACAUGGCCAUCGCCGCGAAGAGAGAGAGGAGCGGCAGCAUGGGCAGCGUCGGCUCCGCCGGAAGCCAUAACGCUCCCAGCGGUAGCGGUUACGAGAUGCCUGCGGCUGCAGGGAUGUCGCGCAGGAUGGGCCCUGGUGCACCUGGGUCUUGGGAUGAGAGCAUGACCAUGAACGGAGGGAUGCCUGCCAUGGGACCGAUCGGCGGCCUCGGCGUUGGCGGGAUGGGCAUGGGAGGACGUGGCGCGCAGGCAGCGAUGACUGUGGGUGGUGGCGGCAAUGUGUUCGCGGCAAUGAUGCUCUGAAGACCUGUCGCCCGCCGCGACGUGUCUCAAACGCUUCUGCUCGCUUUGCCAACAUCUUCUCCACUCCCGACUCGCUUCCUAUCUAUUGUUCGUCGCGCGCGCUUUUGGACUUCCCGCUGUUCUUAAUCCCAUCCUGUCUGCUGCUCUGUUCGCCUCGGUCUCGUUCUGGAUGUCUCUCUUGGUUCGUGUCUGCCUAUCUAUCCUACGUUACAGCGCCUUAUCGUGUACUACCUCCUACCCGUCCUUUGCCAAUGACAUUCGUUGGCUCCCUGCACUCCUUCGGCGAUAAUACGUAGACCGUUUUCUGUUCUUCCAUGACGCUUCCUUCCCCCGCCGACCCUGUCCGCCUUCGUCUGUACUGGUACCGAUGACCAUAUCUUCUUCACCCUCGUUAUCGACACCACUCACACCACCAUCGCUCUCAUGCUGCUCGCUCGCCGAGCAGACCGUUGUAUAAUCGCCGCUGGCUGUCAUUCGUUUGACUCGGUCCACUGUACUGCUUACGUCUAAAAUUAUUAUCUCCUCUAUAGCGCUAUAUACAGUUGAUGAUUCGUAUCUUCGUCCGUCUUGGGUUUGGGUCACCAUGUCAACCAGCUGUAAGUGCAC